GUUAGAACGACAAUCAUGGAAGUGGACAAGGAAGUUGCUCAGCUGUUGGUGGAGAUCAAGCGGCUUGGGUCGGAAGUCGUUGGGGAUGACGGCGAGAAGAAGUUUGGUGUUGCAUUCGGUGUGCUAUUUGACGAUGAACGAUGCCAAGACCUGUUUGAGGCACUCAUGGGCACCCUACGCGCAGCCAAGCGGAAACGAGUGAUCAACUACCCAGGCCAAUUGCUUCUUAAGGGAGCACAUGACAACGCAUUCAUCCGACUUCUGGAGUAAUAGAUGUAUUCCUUAUAUUUCAGGCUGUUCAAUAUCUUUGCUUCUGCGGCCCAUCUUUGUUGUUUUCCAUUCAUGCGGUAUUGUUUGAGCGGCUACAUGCCAAACACCAUCUCAUGCAUUUA